AUGGUGCAGGCGGCCCCGUACCAGGUGUCCCUGGACGCGGAUCACGCGCGGCAGCUGGCCGUCACCGGGGCGGCGCUGUUGCUGCUCGAUGUUCCCCAGGGCACGCUGCUGGGUGUCGACCAGCAGGUGUUUGUGGUGGGCCCACGCUUCAAGGGCCUCAAGAUGCUGCCCCCAGGGGUGCACUUCCUGUCCUACCAGGCAGCGGGGCGCGACGGCCGUGUCUCCCCUGCCGUCAGCACAUUUCUGGCACUGAAGCCGCGUGACGUGGUCGUGCGGCGCUGGGAUGCAGCUCAGGAGGGUCUGGUGGCCCUCGCUGACGAGGAUGAGGUUUCAAGAUUUGCUGAGGGCGUGCGGCGUUUCGAUUUUGACAGCAGUUUGGCUCCCUACGACUUGGCAGGCUGCUCUCAAUGGCAUGGCCUGGCAUGCUUCAUUGACGAGCCGCUGCUGCACAGGCUCACGCCGGUGGGUGGUGAGAUCAGCGUGAUGGCCGAGGCGCUGGACCCGGACCUCAUGCAGCCACGCACCGAGGCGGAACGGCGGCUGGUGGCGCAGCUGCAGCGGUGGGGCCGCUGCUUCUACACGCGAUUGCCGCGCCUCGUCAAGACCCCGGGAGCCAGUGGGGCUGAGCUGACAGCGCUCAACCUGGACAAGACUGCGGCGCUCGAGGAGGCGGCUUCUCAGACGGGAGAUCCGAGCGGCAAGGCGCUGCUGGGGGAGCUGCAGUUUGCCUACAUCACUUUCCUAUUUGGCCGGUCCCUGGAGGGCUUCCUGCAAUGGAAGGCGCUUGUGGGGCUGUUUUUGGAUUGCCAACGUGGUCCCCUGCUCAGCCACACGGGCCUGUUUGUGGCCUUCUUGGCCACAGUGCAGCAGCAGCUGUCGGCUGGCCUUGGAUUGCAGCAGAAGCCGCAGCGGCGGCAGCAGCGGCGGCGAGGUGGUAUUGGGGAGGGCGAGGGUAGUAGCAGCGACGACACCGAGGACGAGGGCGACAGAGGUGCUAGCAGCGAGGGUGGCGGAGCGCUAGGGCUGCCGCUGGUGGAGGAGCUGCUGCCUGACAGCUUCCUGCGGCGCCGGUUUGGAGCCUUUCUUGAGGCUCUGCAUGAGGAGGGGACAGGGUCGCCGCCCGCACUGACGCAGCAGGCUGCGCAGCUGGAGACGCUGCUGCGUGAGCGGCUGGGCUGGGACUUCCGUGUGCGACAGCUGCCGAGCGGUGGCUGCGGCUGCUGUGGCGAUGAGGAGGGUGAUGACGAGGACCGGCCGGUGGUGGUGGAGCUGUCGCAGGAGGAGAGGCGGCUAGCAGGGCUGGAGAUGUAA